AGCCGCAACGAGGGAUAGGGCUUCAGGAGUUCGUGAAGUUUUGCUGCUCCUCCUCCGCUGAAGACGCGUAGUCUACAGUGGGGAUUGCUAUGUGGUUUGAUUUGUGUGUCCACAGUGGCAUUAUUGCUGUGGCUUUGUCUUAAAUGUUCUGUUCAUGAAGGAGAUGCCUACAUCGGCCUGCUGGUGUUGUCGUGAGAUUGUUAUUGUUACACCAGUGUCUUCGAGGAACGUCAAAGCCAGGAGGUGCGAUUUCUGACAGUAAAUUAUCUCAAUCGGAAUGCGAAGUGUCUUCCGUUGUAAGCAAGAGCCAACACGAACGCCGUGCGUCCUGUUUAACAAAACUACAAUUGCCAGCAUGUGGACUGAUACCGUACAUCUAUAUAGCUCAUUGGAUUCAUCCAGUAUACAUACUGUAGCGUAAUAAAAACAAGUGUCUGAUUAAGCCGAUGGAUGGAAUGUGGAAGCCAAAGGAUGGAACGCUGCUACGGUGGACGACCACCGCGGAGAAGGAGCGAUGAGAUGAGCUCGUGGCAUCAGGGGAAAUUGGGUAGGUGAUGGUGACUUAGAUUCAGCAGCUGAUAGAGCAUGGCUGAUGAUGAGGAAAACUAAAGUUUUUGUACGUGGCUGGGCAGCCACUAAAGAAUGGUGGUAGGAAGUAGUGUCACGUCAUUGCUCAGAAACCCCCGCUCUGUGGCCCUGUAAGUUUCAUUUUGCCCCUUCUGGCCCGAGUUCGCCGCGCUUCUGACACUGCUUGAUGCAUCUUCACGUCUCAGAGGCUUGUUAUUCCAUUGCGUCAAGGUGCGCACACAAUUUGAAGACAAGACUUAUUAUUGUAUCUGAAUCGCAUCGUUUUUACAUUUCAGGAUGGCAGCAGGUUUCAGUCUGUCUAGCCACUUGAUUGAACAUUUAGAUAGAGAUAUUGUGGAAUUCAUGUUCGAGAAGAUGGAUGAGGCUUUUGAUCAUCUGAAUAAGAAGCACGGUGUCACGUUUAAAAUUAGUGAUGGCAUACUUAAUUCACUGUGCAACAUUACUCUGGAGCCCUUCGAUAAAGUGGCGAACCAAGUAUUCGUGGCACUGUAUGAAAAAGCGCUUCUUAAGCUGCAGGCAGCACAUAUUUCUUGGAGUAGCAUUAAUCUGCCUAAGGGACACCAUUUGCUGUAUCAAGCUGACGCAUUCAUUAAACAAACAUUUCCUCAUGUUUACCAAAUUAAAGAUGACAUGGGUGUCCGCUUUGUUGGCAAAGGAAAUCUUCCAAAAUUAGCCGUGGAAGAGUUCCGAAAGAUUGUGCAUUCCCAACAGGUACACAGUCAUUCACUGAAAAGAUCGCAGCGUAGAGGUGAUGACAAUGGCCGGAAGAGUUUAAACUCUGUAGCAAGCAGUAAAGACGAAAGAGAAAGGAACAAAACCAAAGAAGCCAAUGAGGAACAGGAAUCCAGAAGUGAAAAUGAGAGGGGAGACGAGUGUCCCAUCUGUUUAACACAUUUUAAAGAAAAGCAUAUAUUGCCAAAAUGCAGACAUGCCUUUUGCCGCAGUUGCAUAGAUAUGGCUGUUAGGGUUCGGCCUGCUUGCCCUAUGUGCAACGAGCCAUAUGGAAAUACUUUAGGCAACCAACCCAUAAAUGCAACCAUGACUGUCAACAAAACAUCAGACCGCCUUCCAGGCUAUCGAACCUGUGGGAGGAUUGAAAUAAGUUACACAAUUCCACAUGGAGUUCAAGGGCCCGAGCACCCGCAGCCAGGAAAGGCUUAUCGUGGCAUGUCACAGACUGCAUAUCUGCCAGACAAUCAGGAAGGAAACCACGUACUGCUCCUGUUGCAAAAAGCCUUCAAACAGAGGCUCACCUUCACUGUAGGUGUAUCACGUAGCACUGGCGUCGACAACUUCGUCACUUGGAAUGGCAUCGAACACAAGACCAGCAUUUACGGUGGACCUUUCAUCUAUGGCUAUCCUGACCCAGAUUACCUGAAGCGUGUCCAAGAUGACCUGAAGGAUAAGGGUAUUGUGUGACCAACGUCGUGAAUAAGUGGUCAUCACAAAUCAAAUGAAGAUGAGGUUGAUGAAGAAUGG